CAAGUCCCCACUCGUUUCUUAUCGCUCACGUUAAAAAACUUUCCGCUUUCGCUACUACUAAGGUCGUUUGUUGUCCUGCACAACUCUCCAUCUCGCUACCUUGCCAUCCGUGCCGCUCCUGCUCAGACUCGCAUAUAGACUCUAUAUAGAUAUCCUCUGGCGUUUUCGGAAGGUCCCCGGCGUUUUCGAGCUCCGAGAUAUCCUCUGCUCCCGGACCCUCUUUAGCCGUUCGCCGCUUGUUACAAUGACGACGAUUCGACGGUUCACGUGCGACGAUCUGUUUCGGUUCAACAACGUGAAUCUAGACUGGUACACGGAGACGUACAACCUGAACUUCUAUCUCGGCUACAUGGCAAGCUGGCCUGAGUAUUUCGUGGCGGCCCAGGGACCAGGGGACAGAAUCAUGGGCUACAUCAUGGGCAAGGUGGAGGGCGAGGGCGAGCUGUGGCACGGGCACGUGACGGCGCUGACUGUGGCUCCGGAGUAUCGCCGGCAGCAGCUUGCAGCAAAGCUGAUGGAUAUACUGGAGGAGAUCACACACAAGACUUACGAUGGGUACUUUGUCGAUCUCUUUGUUCGGACGUCCAACAAGGCCGCCAUUCAAAUGUACCAUAAAUUUGGGUAUGAGGUGUAUCAACGCGUGCUAAUGUAUUAUUCAGGGGAGGAAGAUGCCUUCGACAUGCGUAAAGCUAUGCCAAGAGACAAGGAAAAGAAAUCGAUGGUACCACUAGGCAGAUCUGUCACUCCGCAGGAGCUUCGGUUUGAUUGAACAAUCAAUUAUUUGCAUGGAACAUAGUUUUCCUGUAGCCAACUGUUCAUGCCCGUUGCCAUGUAGCUUGUCUGUAGAAGCAUUUUAUCCAUGCUGCAUGCAAAGCACCACAAAUGCAUUUCACAGCCCUGGCGAAAGGUGCACGCCAGACUUUGAUGGUGGAUCGCGCACACUGGUGGAUACGCUUUUCGCAAAUUACAUCCUCGUUAUCCUGCUCUCUUUUA